AUGGCACGCCUGAGCAUUGGACCUUUUUUCGACACUGCGGCUAUCUCACAUUUGAAGGAGCUUGGCCCAGGAGCUGGGGUCGCCAAUCUGGAGGAUACUGUUCGCGAGCAGGUGAUCAAGACCUACUGCUUCGGAAAUGGAAGCGCGAACAACGUCGAGAGGGAUGCGCAGCUGUUGCAGCAGUUUCACCAGGUCGAUCAGACUGUUGAUCGUUUGGAGGAGAACUUUUUGUUUGGGCCUGCAUGGAAGCUGUCUGGAGGAGAGAGUGAGCGUUGUGGACGGUCAUAG